AUGACAUCCGAGAAUGGCUUUGUGCAACCUGCCAUCCCGAGACUCGAUGGGCACUACGAUCACUGGAGCAUGCUUAUGGAAAACUUUCUACGUUCCAAGGAGUAUUGGAACCUGGUGGAGACAGGGAUCCCUGCAGCCGCAGGAGGAGCUGACUCCAGUGAUGCGCAGAAGAAGGCACUGGAGGAGCUGAAGCUGAAAGACUUGAAGGCCAAGAACUAUUUGUUUCAGGCCAUUGAUCGUUCAACCCUGGAAACGAUCUUAAAAAAGGACACGGCGAAGGACAUAUGGGAUUCUUUAAAGCAGAAGUAUAAAGGAACUGCACGUGUGAAGCGUGCUCAGUUGCAAGCACUUCGAAAGGAGUUCGAAGUAUUGCAUAUGAAGGCUGGAGAAACUGUCAAUGACUAUUUUGGGAGGACACUCACCAUAGCCAAUAAGAUGAGGGUGCAUGGAGACAGAAUGGAAGAUAUAGUGAUCAUUGAGAAAAUUUUGAGGUCUAUGACUUCAAAAUUUGAUUAUGUUGUCUGUUCGAUUGAGGAGUCGAAUGACUUGGAUACUCUAUCUAUUGAUGAACUUCAGAGCAGUUUGCUUGUGCAUGAACAAAGGAUGGGUCGACAUGUGAUGGACGAACAAGCUCUCCAAGUUACCGUUGGAGUCCAACAAGGAGGAAGAAGUGGUGGUCGUGGCUCCUAUCGAGGAAGAGGAAGAGGAAGGGGUAGAUUUGGGUUCGACAAAUCUAUCCUAGAAUGCUACAACUGUCACGAGCUAGGACACUUUCAGUGGGAAUGUCCUAAGAAGGCUAUGGACUCAAAGGCCAAUUUCGCAGAAACAAAUGAAGAAAUGCUGCUAAUGGCGCUGGUGAAUGCAAAGGAAGCUGAGAUGGAACAUAUUUGGUUUCUUGACUCAGGUUGUAGCAACCAUAUGUGUGGCAAGAAGGAAGCAUUUGUUGAAAUAGAUGCCAAUUUCCGAGAGUCAGUCAAGCUGGGAAACAACUUCAGUCUUAGUGUGCAUGGCAAAGGCAAAGUACGAAUGGAGGUGCAUGGGAUUGUGCAUGUGAUUACAGAUGUGUUCUUUGUACCUGAAUUAAAGACUAACUUGCUGAGUAUCGGUCAACUACAAGAGAGGGGACUUGCAGUGCUAAUUCAACAUGGAAAAGAUGACACACAACAGAAUGUUUGCCUUGGUUGCACACUGUCCGGCAAAGGAACAAAGCUGUCUCUCCAUGACAACCCACAGAUCAAGCUUAUCGCUGGCAUUGUCGAUAUGGACAUCUAA